CUACAACGCUCAUCCCCUCCCGGACCGCCACCUGAAUGGCGGUUCCAUGCCACUACCAUGUGGCCAUGCCUCCCACACCGGCAGGAGCACCAGGCCGGCAAAUCCUGUGCCUUGCCGAGGGCCCCUUGCUCCCCCCGACCGGAGGCCGCUGGUCGCUGACGCCACGGCCCACGCCCACGCUUUCUCCGCGCGGUUCACCGGUGCCACCGCUGCAGUUCACGCCCAGACGUGCCAGCGUCCUUCUUCCGAGCAAGAUGGUGUCAACUCAGCCCCUCACUCGGGGUCCCUGGUUUCCACCAUCUUCCCCUCCGACACAGCCGGCCGGGUCACCUGUGCCAGCACCUGUGCCAGCACCUGCAGCACCACCUGUGGCAGCACCUGUGGCACCAGCUGUGGCACCACCUGUGGCAGCACCUGUGGCACCACCUGUGGCACCGCCUGUGGCACCUGUGCCGUUGUGUUUGGAACGUGAAGACUCCCUCGCCCAGCAACUGCGACUGCUUUCAGAGGCCAAGUCCAUCGCAGCCAACGAGCUGCUGCAGAGCGAGAAGCGCCUGGCCGAGCGAAAAGCGCAGCUCCGGCACGAGACCUUCCGAGCCGUUCAGGCCAGUGGCUUGAGCGAGGCCCUCAAGCGUUGGCCCGAGCCGAGAUCGGAGACGGAGCGACCGGAGACCCCACCGAGACCGGAGACCGAGACCGCGGAUGUGGCGGAGCAGACCUGGACCAGCUCCGUUCCCUUGGAGAGCAGCUACGUUCCACCGGAGGAGACUGAGGAACUACCUGCCGUCUCGGCCAGCAUCCCGACCAUCCCACCAGUGAGGCUCCUGAAAGCCCCCGCCGAGCCGGAGCCCGAGGAGGUCGUCGCUGGUCCAGCGCCCCAAGUGGAAGAGGUACGGGAAAGGUCGCCGGCACCGCAGCGGCCGCCCCUCCUGAAGGCGUCUUCCAGUCCUCGGAACAGUCGAAUCUCUCCGCGGCGACGGGGGAUGAUCUCUGGAUCUUUGCUGGAGGAAGCUCGCCGUUGUAGCAACGCCCUCAACAAGAUUGCAUCACACGUGUCCAGCAGAAAUCUGCGGGAAUUGCGGAAGAUGCAGCAGCAUCCACCGCAGGUAUUGAAAAUCAUUGAAGCUGUGGCCGUCCUGCUGGGAGACACUGAUGGUACAGCUGUGAACGUGCAAGAAGUGCUCACAGACUCCCUUCCUCAGAAGCUUGCCAGCUUUGAUCCUGGGAGCAUCACUGCAUCACAACGAUCGAAGGUCAAGAGCCUGCUGAAAUUGCCAGAUGUUCAACCAGAUGCUGUUGCCAGCAUUUGCCAUCACUGCGCUUCAUUGUCCCAGUGGUGUGAGUGUGUCAUGGCCUUCCUUCGAGCAGACCUGGCAGAGGAGGAGGCCAGAUCAGCUGCUCGAAGGUCCGCCAGGAGGUCGGAAAAGCAGGACAAGAAGCCACCGGAACCAAACACUGCAGAGAAGACCGAACCGAACAGUGAGCCCCAACUGGUCACGUUUCCGGACUUGUCCCAGCUGAGCGCUGCUGAAUUGAAAUCGGUUCGAGAGCUGACGGUGUCGCGCCCCGACGUGGGCUCGGUGAUCUUCCAUGGGCUGACCGACUGCAGCGACCUGCAGGUCGAAAGGGAUAUUGUGCUGCAGAAGGGCUUCAUUUUGGUCUACCCGGACCCCGUGAAGAAGCCGCAGCCGGGAUGUGGCUUGAACAAGCCCGCCACGGUGACCAUGUACAACUGCUUUCCGCCGGGCGAGCUGUUGAUGGAGGAUCCCUUGGUCCGAGAGGAUUACAAGGAGAAGAUCCGGCUCAUGACGGAGGAGAACAGGACAUGCAAAUUUCUGGACUAUGACUGCCAAAGGGGCAUUUGGCAGUUUGAGGUGAAUCGAUUUUGAGGUGAAUGCGGCCAACCAAAAUCAAAGUUCCGCCCGAUCGGGCGCCAAAGUUCCGCCCCAUCGGCACAGUGCUUGCUGGGCUAGGGUUCUUCGCUCUUUGAACAUGUGUACUCUUAGAUGCUAACUUUUCUUCC